AUGCAGUCUUUCUAUGGAGAUACAGAAGAAAGCACGGAGGACAUUCCAGGACGUAAAAAGUCCAGGCUCAAGUCUCUGAAAACACGUCUCCUUGGGAGUAAGAGAGGAGGUGUAGAGAUAAACGCCAAACUCAGCCAGUCAGUCAGUGACAUUACAGCCGGAGAGGGACUCGGCUCAGAGGAAGAUUUGGCAUGCUCCCAGGGGAUGAUGGGAUCACGGGCAUUGUCCCACGACAGCAUCUUUCUGGCUGAUGAGGUCCAGACAGACGCUGAGCCAGCCAGGGUCUUAUCCCAGGAGAAUGUUCACAGCAAGAUCAAAGCUCUGCAGAUGAAGCUUCAGCAGCAGAAGAUGCAUUUGGGGCCGCCACCUCUGGUUGUGCCAAUCAGACAACCAGAGGAUCCGGGAAGCCGCUCCGAAGAUGGUGGUCUAUCCAAGAGCCCCCCUGCAAGCUCAGGAGGUGACGUCGCAGCCCAGGCAGCCCUCAGAAAGACCAUGUACCAGCCAUUCUCUCGUCCCUUCUCGCCCAAACCUGCACCAACCAAACCUGUGCUCCAGACUCCAUCCCAACCUUUGCCUUCUUAUGUCCCAUCCAAUUCUUCUGUUGUGGAGUCCCCGUUGGACUUCAGCUCUCCAGCCCAGUUCACCCCCUGUCUGGAUACGUCUGCUGCACGCCACCGGAUGUCUAUAAAGCCCAGAAACCAGAGGGCCAGCACCAAGAAGAGACUCACUGCAACUGACUCAAGGCCUCUUUUAGAUGCCCUAAACAAUAUCGACCAGCCCGAGUCUAUGAGAGAAGAAGAGCAGCAGCUUAGUACUCAAGAGGAGGAGACACCGGAGACAGUACAAGGAGGGGCCAUCAUUCCUAUUACAUCCCAGCUCCUUCCUUCUAAAUCCUCAGAGGUGGCGCCAACCACACCAGAGGUAGCAUCCAAAUCAUCCUACCAAACUCUUCCCCAACAGGACCAAGCUCUACCUGGGAGAGUGCCCUCUCUCCCCCCUCAGGUUCUUAGAGUUAAGCCUCACAGACCGGCGGAUGUAAGGUCCAGUGAGCGGCCACACUCAUCCUUUAUACCGUCAGAACUGAAGGACAAAAGAGAGGAGGGGUCUGAGAUACAAGUAAUGUCCCACGACAAGAGAACUACUCCAAACAAGGCUGGAAUGACGGAAGCAUCCUCCGUGCAGCCCUCCACUGCUUUUGCCUCAGUGGUAGCAUUCAGGUCUUCCUCUGUUCAGAAGGAGGUUCGAGGUGAAACAGAAAGCAUGAGGGGAAUAAAAAGACCUGCCCCAGGAUCCUUCCAUUUCUCCAUCACGGCUGCCAAAAACAGAGAUGUAGAAAGACCCCGAUCAGGCAGUUUUGUGGAAGUCCUGGAACAGACAGAAGCCAGGCAGAGAGCGGACGACAAACCCUUGUCAAGCACGAGGGAAAAGGCAGAACUUAGAGACUUACAGCCAAGAGGGGGUCCCAUUGCUGUGGGAAAACUGAGACAAGAGGGUGCUCUAAACAAAAGCUCAGUUCUUCAAUGGGACAAGAGGGACAGCCUCAAAAAAGUGGAAUUUGUGAUGCCAUCCACAACUGUAACCACAGAUGCAAGCACUGCUGAGGGUGUAGAGGCGGAGAGCAGGCAGGAGGCGGUGGAAGAGGCAAUGGAAGCACAGGAGGUUGAGGAGGACGAAGGAAAGACAGCAUUUGGCGUUAAGCUGCGCUCCACAUCUCAGUCAAUGAGGCUUCGGUUUGAUGCCUCUUCUAACCACAGCUCGAAGCCAGCAGCGUGUGAGGAGCAAUGUGACAAACAAAAAAGACAGGAAACAAGUGAUACUGCAAGUUCUGUGUGUAAAAAAAUGUCCACAAACACCUCUUGUACACCAUCCACCGCUGGAGACCUCCGACUGACAGAUCCAGCCCCACCUGGCUUCUCCCAUCCAGUCAAGCAGAACCCACCAACUACCUGUGAUCCUCACAUCAUGCCAUCAGAAGUCCACACAACCUCCUCAAAUCCCAAAGAAGCUGAAACUACCCUUGCAGCGCCUCAGGAGCCCCAGCCUGUCCCCCAAACAGCCCCGUCGGAGGUGUCCUGGAUGAGCUUGGCAAUGGAGAAGACCAGAAGCCUCCAGCAGCUUUUUACUAGCAGAUUUCCCAGAGAUUUUCCAGGUGUGCAGUCAGCGGCUCGACCGCAAGCACAAGUGCAGACAACGAAUCAAACAGAGGCACCGACUGCGGCACAAGCACAGACACAGACUGUAAAAAUACAACACAGUACAACACCACUAGAGGCUGCAAAUCAGCCAUCAACUGAUGCAAUCAAAGCAGAAACGGAGCAAAGCAGAAGUCCAGCACAGACUAUCAAACUGUCACUGGUGGCAGUGCAACAGAAGACAUCAACAGCAUCUCCUGUACAGUCAAACACCUCGAGAGAACCACAAGCAUCAAAACAAACCAGUGAACCUCAGUCACACCCAGACACAACUCAGUCUGCCUCGCAGUCUGUGUCUGUGCAGGCCAAUCCAGGGACAACCCAGCCCCCCUCUGUACAAACCUCCUCUCAGCUCACACAAGGGAGCGUCGCACAGUCUCCGGCACAACCUUACCUUUCCUCAGGCCAACAGCAACCCCCCUGGAGCAGUCGAGGUGUUCAGCUCAAAUCUGCAACUCCAGCUCCAACCUCAGUUUCCACCAUCUCUUCAGCGACAGUUACUCCUGCAGCUUGUGUCUUGGGGAGAGAGGAGAGAGAAGGCAGCAUGCAGGAAAAGGAGGGCGCAUCACUGUCAGGAAGACGGGCGGUCUGGGCUGGGUCAGUAAGCGAGAAGGCUGCUUUUUUGGAGAAAAGGGCAGAGUGGGCCACUCCAUCUGGAACCAAGGGGGUGGAGGUGAAAAAAGUUCAAAUAGAGGCACAGACAUCAGGUGAAUCCCCUGCCUUGGCCAAAACCACGCCUCUAAGCAAAGACACAAAACCAGAGGAAAGACCAGAGGGGGCACCUGCAGAGUCGAGUCCCACCAAAGUUCCAGACAGACCUCGUGAGGACAAAUGGUUGAGGAAAAGUGUGCCGUCAUCUUCAUCGCCCUCAACGUCUCCCACAAUGCCAUCAGCUCUGCAGUCCAUAUCUGAGAGCGGCCAGCCGUCCUGGAUGGAACUGGCAAAAAGGAAGUCAAUGGCCUGGAGUGAUAAGUCCAUGGACUGAGAGGGAAAACAGACAUAUUGUGUGUGAUACAACAAACAACAGCCCUGCAGACAAACUGCUAUAUUUAAGUUCUGGUGAGUCUGUCAGGAAGGUGUUGAUUGAAAUCUGCUGAGGCUGUUGUGCUUGUGUAUUGAAUUUUAUUUAAUUGUAAAGUGUUAAUGUUAUAUUGAGAGACAGAUAUAAUAUCACAGAGAGGAUAUAUAUCGAAACAUUCAUUAUGAUCCCUCUCCACCACAAACACUUCAACAUAAAUGGUAUUUCUGCACAA